AUGGGUGGCAGCGACCAGUGGGGCAACAUCACUGCCGGCACCGACCUGCUUCGACGUCUGCAGGCAGCUGGUGUUGUUCCCUCCAGAGCGCCCACAGGGGGAGAUGUGCAGCACGCGGAGCAGCAGCAGGAACAUGAGGAGCAAAAAGGGCAGCAGGAGGAGGAGAAACAAGCGCAGGAGCAGCAGGAGAGGGGUCCGAGUGUGUUUGGGCUAACUUGGCCGCUGCUGCUGCGCAGCGAUGGGAGCAAGUUUGGCAAGUCGGAGGGUGGGGCGAUCUGGCUGUCUGCUGCCAUGCUGUCUCCCUACAAGUUCUACCAGUACCUCUUUGCCACACCAGAUGCUGACGUCAUCAAGUUCCUCCGCAUGCUCACCUUCCUGCCCAUGGCCGAGAUCGACCAAUGGGAGGCCGCCAUGUGUCAGCCCGGCUACGAGCCCAAUGCCGCCCAGAAGCUAUUGGCGCAGGAGGUGACCGGGCUACGAGCCGAACGCUGCCCAGAAGCUACUGGCGCAGGAGGUGAGUGGGGAGAGGCGGUAGCGGGGGAAAGGUGUGAGAAAGAAGUGGAGGUGACAGGGAGUGGAAAGGAGGCAGCAAAGGGAGGGAGAAGGGGUGGUGGUGAUUGGGGCAAGGGAGGAGGGCGGCUGGGGUGGGGUGGGGGUGAUACUGUAGGCAUGGUGACUCGUUUCGUGCAUGGGGAGGAGGGCCUACAAGAAGCACUACGAGCCACACAAGCCCUCGCACCAGGUUCUACCUCCACCAGACUAGACCCAGCCACGCUCGAAGCCAUAGCUGCUGACGCAUCCCACAUAUGCAUUGGUUCCACCUCCACCAGACUAGACCCCGCCACGCUCGAAGCCAUAGCCGCUGACGCACCCUCCACCUCGCUCCCGUGGGCCGACGUGAUUGGCCGAACCGUUGCUGACGUGGCAGCAGCGUCGAAGCUGGUGGGAAGCAAAGGGGCAGCGAGGCGGCUGGUACAGCAAGGGGGGAUGUAUUUGAACAAUGAGAAGGUGGGGGGUGGGGGGAGUGAGGGAGAGAGGGUGGUGGGGGAGGAGGAUUUGGUGGGGGGAAGCAUGCUGCUGCUGGGUUCAGGAAAGAAGAACAAGAUGAUUGUGAGAGUGGAGCGGUGA